AUGUGGGAUAUCGUGCGAGACUCGUCCUUUGGCCAGUGUCUGCGCAUUAUGAGCAGCAGACGACUGGCCAAAUACCCAGAGGAACGUGCCAACUUUGAAUUACCAGCAGGGUAUCUAGAGUCAUGCAGCCGGCUCGCUCUUCGUUCGCCAAUAAUUGAGUCAAAUGUUGAUCCGGAAACUGUCCCACAGGAAAAGGAUGACCUGGCAGGAGCUACAGUCAUUGCAUGGACAUCACGCCCCUCGAUACACUGGAUCGUCAGCAUGGUUGGGAUCGCGCUCAGCAUGUGUGGUGUCUUCAUCAUCACUCAAUGCAUGUUCAUUUACUUGCCAUUCACAUACCCGCGCUAUGCGGGCUCUUUGUUUGCAGCCAAUGGCUUCGCGCGGAGACUCCUAGCGGGCGCCUCAAUCUUGUUUUCGGAGCCCAUGUUCGGUGGCAUCAAGGUAUCUGGAGGCGUCACUUUGCUGGCGAGUUUCAGCGUCCUUGGCAUCGGGGGGAUGUUUGCCCUGUACUUUUUUGGUGCAGCUCUGAGAAAGCGAAGUCGGUUUUUUGGAAUGUAG